AUGGUUGUUGGUCGACAGUGUGUGGCCUUGUCAUUGUUGGCACUGCAAGUCUUCUCCACGCGUGUUCAGAAGAUGCUGCAGCAAGGGGACGUGAAGAGCUACUUGAUGGACUGCAAUGAGGAAGCGGUGAACUUUGCCCAGACCUGCAUUUGUGAGUCGACCAAGGCUUUUGUGAGGUGCUUUGCUCCGGUCUCAAUCAUCGUGGCGCUGGUGGUCGCAUCACAACUGGUUCUUUCCCAGCGCGUGUUCUAUGCAAUGAUCCGAUCGGGGGUUCUGAUCGACUUCAAAAACCUGUCUCCUAUCAAGGAUCCUCUGUUCUGGUGGGUGCUUUUGAAUGGCGUCCUGGCAAUUUCUCACUUUGUGUUCCAUAUGUUGGUGGCGGAGCAGAUGCACAUUGGAAAAGACAACCUCGAGAACGUGAUUGCUUCACUGAAGCAAGACAUGCUCUUUUUUGGUUUGCCAGCAAUCCUGUAUGUGGUUUUCCUAUACUUGUCGUAUGAUGUGGAAUGGCUCCUUCUGCCGCUGAACAAAUUUUGGGAAGAAGAUCCUGAGUGGGCGCAUAAGACAUCAUCCGAAAUGGCUUUUGUGCAAGAGUGGGUUGCCUCUUUAGCAGUCUUGCAUGAUCCGGUCAGCCUCCAGGAUGUGGCGGACUCGAUCGCAUUGCAAUCCAAAGAACGACGUGAUGAGGAUAGGCUGCACCACAGCACUUCUUUUCUCCAGCGGCACUUCUCCAGCUCUCGCUUGACUGCUUGGGUACCUGCCCAGAGACUGCAAAAACUCAAAGAGAGACUGCAGAGCCGAGAAAUUGCACCAGCAGGACCUCCACCAAGGAAAUAUUUUGUGGAACGCGCUUGGAUCGCCCGGCUGAUGACGAAUGCUCAGCUUGUGGCACAGGAUAGGAAGUGUAAAUCAUUUUAUAUUGCCUGGCUGGUUUGGAUGAUCCUCACGUCCCUCAUAUGCUUGGCAGCAGUCGGACUGCUGAUUAUGCAGCUGAAGAAUGAUAUUGAAGACAUUAUUAGUGGCCAACGAGAAGAAUACGUUUGCAUUGCCGUGAUUGGAGCCAAUGUCAUCAUCAUGAUCAUCGUGAGCUACUACUAUGUGGUAGACUUGCUAUUUCCAUGA